UCCAUUUUUGUUCGCAAACCAAGGAGGAGAGAAACGGAAACGCCCUUUCCCUCACUCUCUCCUCUCCUUCCUCAUCCCUAUCCUCUCUCCUUUCAAUGGAUGCUGCCUUGCUCUCUGUAAAAUCUCCACACACUCUAAUUUUAACCUCGUGUGCUCCACUGCUCCCUCAUUCCAAUCUUCGAUCAAUCCGCCGACAAUUCCUCGGCUGUGGUCACGAUCUCCGGCCUCCCGGUGGCUCCAUCCGAUCUCGAAGGAAAUGCAAGAAAUUAGGCCUUUUUCAGGUCCAGUCGCCGCGGUUUCUCGUCACGGCUUCGUUGGGCUCCGAUUUGGUUCUUGUUGUUGUGGCAGUGACGACAGUCUCUGUCAUCUCACUUGCUUACUUCAACCACUCUUACAAACAGGGGAAGGAGUCUCGUGAGGUUCCCUAUUCUCCUAAACUUGCAUCAUCUCGUCUAGGCAGAUAUUUUGUGGACCUCAUUAUGAGAAGUCGAUUCUUAUAUUUUGGAGGUCAUCAGAAAGAAACAUCUAUCAAAAUCAGUGUAGAUUUGGUGAAGAAAACGGAAGAAAGUAGAAAGUCUUCUGAUGAUGAAGAGACUUGCCUACAAUUUCAGGAAGCUGCUUUGGUGGAUGAUAAUUCUUUGUCGACCAAAUCACCAGAAUCACUUGGUGUUGAAUCUCUUGCCUUUGGAGAUAGUGAGUACAAAGAAUCUCAAGCUAUUAGUCUAGCUCUUCAAUCACCUAUGCUACCUGAGGCAGGUGUUCAACCACAUAUGUUUGCUCCAAACAUGCUGAGAUUGCAUAUGGAAAAUGGCAAGAAGGAAACUGGAUUUGAUCCUGAGACUCAUAGAUUAGCAAUAGACAUUCAAUCCAAUGCUUCUUCAGUUCUUGUAGAUGAUAUUCAUGCUUUUGUGGAUGAAAAAAAGAGUCGAUACUCAAACAAAUUUGAUGCUGGUGAACAUACUAAUCACUGUAGCGUAUUUAGCAAGUCUCCCAGAGAAGAGCUUUACACCUUUUAUGGAGAAAAUCAAUCAGCAUCAAGAUCUCCAAAGGUUAAUGAUCUUGAAGCACUAUGUUAUCCUUCUCUUCCUAAAAGCAAUAACUUUUCUUCACUUAAGAGGAACACUGAAAUGAAGUUGGAACAAUCAGUGCAAAAGGAGUCUCACAAAAUUACAGAUGAUGUUAGAGAAGAGACGCCUCAUGCUUAUUAUAGGAGAGGUUCCUCACAGAAGAAGAAAGAAUUAAGAAGAGACAGAAUAUUUUCGAAGGAGAAAGAAAGUAGACAUUCGGUUCAACAUGCCCUUGAGAGUAUUCCCCAUAUCUCUUAUCCAAAUAACGUGGUUGAUAAUGACAAAGAUCAUCAUGCAGAACAGAUGAGUGCUUACAAUCGUUUACUAAGAGAUGGGAGGUUGGGUGAUUGCAUGAAUUUGCUUGAAGAUAUGGAGAGAAGGGGUCUGUUGGACAUGAAUAAGGUUUAUCAUGUGAAGUUUUUCAAAGUCUGCAAAAGCAAAAAGGCUGUGAAAGAAGCCUUUCGUUUUGUGAAGCUGAUCCCAAACCCAACCUUGAGCACCUUUAACAUGUUGAUGUCUGUAUGUGCACAUUCGCAAGAUCUGGAUGAGCAGUUUUUCAUUUUAAUGAGAACUUAUUGCUAAAUGAUUUUGGUAAUUUUCUUUUUAUAUUAAAUUUGGUUUGGAUGGACAUAUAAUUAUCCUAAGUGUAACAUGUCCUCAUAGGUUUUCCAUGAGAUGGUUAAUUCUGGAGUUGAACCAAAUGUUCACACAUAUGGGGCACUUAUUGAUGGUUGUGCCAGAGCAGGACAAGUGGCUAAGGCUUUUGGUGCUUAUGGAAUUAUGAGGGCUAAGAAUGUGAAGCCAGACAGAGUUGUAUUUAAUGCACUUAUAACUGCAUGUGGUGAGUCAGGGGCAGUGGAUCGAGCUUUCGAUGUGUUAGCAGAAAUGAUGGCUGAAACACAGCCUAUAGAUCCUGAUCAUAUCACUGUUGGUGCAUUAAUGAAGGCAUGCUCCAAUGCUGGUCAGGUUGAUCGAGCAAAAGAAACAUACAAGAUGAUCCAUGAAUAUAACAUUAAAGGAAGUCCGGAGGUAUAUACAAUUGCUUUAAAUUGUUGCAGCCAGACUGGUGAUUGGGAGUUUGCAUGUAGCGUGUACAAUGACAUGAAAAAGAAAGGAGUUGUUCCUGAUGAGGUUUUUCUUAGUGCACUAAUAGAUGUUGCCGGACAUGCUGGAAAGUUGGAUUGUGCUUUUCAUAUCUUACAAGAUAACAAGACUCAAGGAAUACAUCUUGGAAUUGUAUCGUAUAGCUCAUUGAUGGGAGCAUGUAGCAAUGCCAAAAACUGGCAGAAGGCCCUGGAGCUAUAUGAAAACAUCAAGUCUAUCAAACUGAAACCAACAGUUUCAACUAUGAAUGCUUUGAUCACUGCCUUGUGUGAUGGGGAACAGCUGCCUAUGGCUAUGGAAAUUCUUUCUGAGAUGAAGAAGUUAGGCUUAUGCCCUAACACUGUCACAUAUUCUGUUCUCUUGGCAGCAAGUGAAAAGAAGGAUGAUCUAGAAAUGGGUCUCAUGUUCCUUUCUCAAGCCAAAGAAGAUGGAAUUGCACCAAAUCUUGUUACAUGUAGAUCUAUAGUUGGAAUGUGCUUGCGGAGGUUUGAGAAGGCUUGUAUUUUUGGUGAGCCUGUUGUAGCUUUCAGCUCAGGACGGCCGCAAAUUGAAAAUGAAUGGACAUCGCUAGCCUUGAUGGUUUAUCGUGAUACAAUCAUAGGUGGUACAAUACCUACAGUGGAAGUUGUUUCACAAGUUCUAGGAUGCUUGCGGCUCCCUUAUGAUGCUUUAUUGAAGAAGAGACUGAUUGAGAACUUGGGAAUCAGUGCUGAUUCAUCAAGACGUUUUAACCUUUGUUCACUAGUUGAUGGAUUUGGAGAGUAUGAUCCUCGAGCUUUUUCUUUACUUGAGGAAGCUGCUUCUCUUGGAAUUGUUAAAUGUGCAUCCUUCAAAGAAAGUCCAAUUGUAGUUGAUGCAAGAAAUUUGUAUAUUUAUACUGCUGAGGUAUAUAUUUUAACUGUUCUCAAAGGUCUGAAGCACCGGCUAGCUGCUGGUGCAAAGCUACCAAACAUUACUCUCUUACUGCCAAUAGACCAGACACAGAUUAUAUCUCCUGAAGGAGAGAAGGCAAUCAACCUUGCUGGAAGAAUUAGCCAGGCUAUUGCAGCAAUGCUGAGAAGGUUGGGACUAACUUACCAAGGAAAUGAAUCAUAUGGAAAGAUCAGGAUCAAUGGUCUCACACUAAGAAGGUGGUUUCAGCCAAAGCUUGCUUCUCCUUUCAGUGGAAAACCAGAUGAGUUGAAUUCAUCCCUAGCACGAUUGGGAAAAGGAAUCAGUCAUCAGCAGCGCAAUAUUCGGACUGGCAAUCUGUCUCUAGAUUAGAUGCAUGACAUUAAUUAUUAUUUCCAAUCUCAGAAACUUCUGAAGCCAUGGGUUCUGUAUUUCCAUGAACUUUUGUUCAGUUCAAUUGAUGACCUAAGAUGCACAUUCCUGCCCCACGGCUUGUUCAUUCCAUUUACCGAUUGUCGAGAACAGGAUAAAGGAUCUGAAGGCACAUAUUCCAUGAACUUGGCAACAGAACAGUGAGCAAGGAUGGUGAUUACAUAGAUGAAGCUCGGAUCUUGCGUCGAUCCAUGCUGAGUCAGUAGAGAUGUUGAAAUAAAGUACAAGGCAGUGGCCACGGGAGGAGUCCUAAUCAAGCUUAAGAGUUUAUUAAUUUAGAGGAGCAAGCUUUAGAUAUUCUUUUUCCUUUUUUUUUCCUUAUAAAUGUAUUAAUGGUUGUAUAAAUAUCAUAUAGAGAUUUUAAGAUUAUGAUCCAUUAUUGUUACAGUUUGUAUCUGCAA